UCGUUAUUCCGUGUGGCUAAAAAAAGAACUGUUUUGCAAGUAAAUAAUGUUUCUCUUGUUCUUCCUUUUCUCGCUCAUUUGCUUUUCCUGUGUCUUUCUUGAGUGCAUCACUUCGGUAUUUUUCUCUGGCGAACUGCUCUGAAGAGUGGUCAGCACUUGUAGGCGUUAACAUCAUUUGCAUUCUGUCCUCAGCACCCCGCCGUUAGCUGUCAGACGCCUGCGAUGUCGUCUUGCUUGCUGGCUGGGCUCAUGUCACGGCGGGUAGCCACCGGAAGUGACCGAUGCCUGCCUCCAGACCGACGGCGUGAGGGCAUGAUGAGAGUACGUGGGUGUCCGAGGGAAACGAGGCCAGAGUGACGUAGCUAGGAGGGACACCUUUUUUCUACCCGGAAAGUGAGUCCUUGAAGAUGGAGCAGCAGGACAGAUGAAUGAACUUGAUGGCUUAGUAGCAGUGGUGUAGGAAGAUGUCUGCUUUUGGGGGCAGACUUCAUGCUGACAGACCAACAUUCACAUUCUUGGGGGGGGGGGGGGGUUGUUGUUGUUGUUUUGUUUGUUUGUUUUUUGUUGUUGUUUGUUGUUUUUUUUUGAGGGGGCGGUUGUCCCACUUGUCCCCUCCCUCGGUUCCUGCGUCACUGAGUAGGAGCGGGGAGUGAGGAAAAUAGCCAGGGUGGUCAGAGUGAUAAUUAGAGGCAUGAAAACAGAUCUUUUUCUUAAAGCAGUUUGUGUGUGUGGAGUGAGAGAAAGAGAGGAACUGUGUAUGAGCUGUCAACCUGUCAAGUUAGGGAAGAGACAUGAACAGUAUAAGUGUUUCACUGUUUCUCUACACGUCACGCAUGAAGAAGCUUGACUGAAAUGAAGCGAUAGAUAGUAAGUUAGCAAUGACAGCUGGAAGAGUUAUAGCGGCAGAAAUCAAUCCGGCCGAAGCCGGCUACCCCGGGUAGUUAACAGUAUUAAAUACAGGAUGGGGGAAGGAAGGAUUGAACACGUCCGAGUUGAAAGACAGCGGGACGGAGCUGGAGGGAAAGAGUCACUGAUAUAAGCGCUCUCGACGGAUAUCAGGUUUGAGACAGCCGCAGCACCCCUUGGCUUUCGUGCUUCUGUGCCGGGAGGGUUACCCGGGGUCACAGCAGUUAUACCCAUUCUUCUCUUUCUUCUUUGCCGGGUGUCUCGCUUCCCACCCCUUCUUCUCCCUUUGUCGCAUCUCGCGGGAUUUUCACGUCUUGUGUGCAGGUCUCCUCCUUCGUCUUCUUCCUCCUUAAUCCUCUGUCCUCCACCAAGGAACACUUUACCGCAGCAACACACAAUCGCUCUUUGGGAGGUCAAUGCACCUGCGCUGCCGGUGAGACUUCGCAGAGCGUGCAGCUUGUCACGUGACCUGCGUGAUCAUGGUUCCUCCUAUCCCAGCGGACACUGACCCUUUCCACUGCCCGACAGCGCCCCCUGGUCAGUCAAACGUGGCUGUCCUGUCCUCUUGUUAUCAGUGGUAUAGGAACCAGGGAGGGGAGGGGCAGCCACCCUCUUAAAAAAAAGAUAGCAUGGGGUUUGCCCUCUCAAAACCGACCAGGUUCCUACUGGUUGUGAAGCUGGGUCAAAGCUGCCAUGCCCGGAUUCAUGAGAUGGGUAUCUGUAUCCAAAGAUGUAAGAAGAAAGACUAAAACAGGAAAACGACAGAACUCAAUCAACUAUGACCUCGAGGACAAAGACCAGAGUUCACACGGCCUCCGCUGACCAACUCGCGAGAGGACGAGACUGGGUGAUGGACAUGUUACCCAGGUAAAAGAUUGCCGGCAGUUCGUGUCCAGACCGCCGUCUCUGUGUGAGAAAAAUACCAUCUUAUCUACUUGCAUACCUUGUCCUAGUCUAGCAAAGUCCACUCGGUCUCUUUUGAAAAGCCAGGCCAUGUCUGCUCGCUGUCAGAGAGGGAUGGCACGAACGAAACAAAAUAAAAUAAUAGAAAGUGAAUGUGAAAAAUAAUAAAUACACAUAAGAUAUAGAAAACAUUUUUCAUUAUUCAUGUUGCAAACAUUUAGGGAAAUGAAAAAGUAGAGUCUGGUUCUACUGUUGUUGUUCAGUUCACUCCGUUCAAUUAGUUUAACUCUUUUUUCUUCUUUUUUUUUUCUUUUUGUUUUUGUUUGUUUGUUUGUUUUUGUUUUGUUUUUUUUUUUUUUUUUUUUUUUUUUUUUUUUUUUUUUUUGCUUUUUGUUGUUUUUUGGGGUUGUUUUUUUUUGUUUAAAAGAAACCAUUUACCUAUUUUCCUACUCUCAAUAGAUUAAUUUCUUUUUUUUUUUCAAACAUCACACCGACUUCAGCUGGUUCGCGUUUUCAGACCACUUUUGUUACAUUAUUUCUUUUUUGCUUUCUCUUUAUUUCCACAUUUUUAUCUCCUCUUUUCCACACUUUCUUUUCCAUCUCUCUCUGACACAGUAUAUUAACCUGUUAUCGCCUCGUAUCAGGAGCUCUCACAGUUGUCUGCAUGAAGACCGCCGUCUUAACCUUUUAUCUGCUGUCUAAAAUGUACCGUCUGUCUGCAAGACGCUUUCCGUCAGCUGCGACCGUUAGAAAGUAGCGCCAAUAAAUCAGUUAAAAACGGUUACACGAGCCAUCUUUAAGUCGGCCUUUGCGUUAUUUUUCGCCGAUAAAUGCAAGAGAGGCGGAAAAAGCACUACGGUUCAAUCAAGCAAACCCGCCCUCGCGGAUAGCCCUUUUGAAUAUCCGAUCAGCGGAUCUGACGUCAUACGCGUGCGCAGAAAUCUGAUAAUAGUUCUCCGUGUUGCAUUGUUAAGACGAGCCCCUUGUGAUAAAUCGCAAUUUUACGCUUCCGUGUGUCAACUUAUCUAACACACUCUUAUAUAAAUGUGGAAGAUGUGGGUGUAAACGACAACAAAAAAUUGGUAAAAAAAACUGCAUGUCGGGAAAUGUCUUUUUCUGGGAAACUCACGGAGCAGUGGAAGUCUUUCUUUGCCGUUUAUUGAUACCUUCACUGCCGAUCCUAAUUGCUCUGCUCAUUCUGUUUAUUCUUCGCUUAAUUUUCUAAAGUAUGUCUAUGAAAUAAUUGUUAUCGAUACCUAUCGGUAUUUCAAUAUUUGAAGGUAGGUGAUUAUCUCACUGCAUACUAAGCAACCAUUUUACCACCAUUUUCAGCUUGCGCAAAAAUAUUACUGCGUCUUCGGGUACUGCUGCUACUGCUUAAAUAUUUUUUCCGUCUUUUUCAACGAAGAGCUCAGGAAGUCAGCUGCAACGAUCGACAAGCAGACGACAGGCCUCCAGGGCAUACUGUGGCCAUCCUGUUGCAUACUGAAACUAGUUCGCGACAUCGGUUAAAAACGAAGUUCACAAUGUGCUUCUUCAGGUUUAAGAAAGAAAGUAGAAUAAGCAAUGAUCGUUAAUCUUUCUUAAUCAAACUCAGGCUGGGAGGGAUCACUCAAUCAAGACAAGGUUUCAAACGCUAUAAUUAGUGUACAUGCAUUUACAUGUCAUGCACAACUCAGUGACCUGGUGACCUCAGUUCCACACACUGACAGAGGCUCAAUGUUCCUCUUGGAGAAGACGUUGGAGUGAAUUAGAAAUGGGUUAAUGAUUUGGAUCGGUUUUUGAAAAAAAGGCUAAUUCCGAGGCAAGAUAUAGCACUAGGUAAAAGGUCAAACCUUAAACAUGAUCAGAAGCCCGAGCUUUUCUCGAAAUUCCACCAUUAGCGAAUGGCAAACUCCAGCUACUUGUGAAUCUCUUCAACGAUCACAGAGUCACUUGUGAAUGUGAAGUGUUCCUGGUAUAGAUGGUGGAACUGCCAAUAUUUUGCAGUAAAAACAAUGUCUUACGUUUUUAUCUGGCUUAAAUCGUAGAAGGGAGAAGAAUUCUUUUUGAAACGUGUUUGCGUGCGUGCGCGCGUGUGUCUGUGCGUGUGUGUGUGUGUGUGUGCUCUCUCUCUCUAACGAUGUAGACUCCAGUAGUUAAAAUCAGACUUGACGUCACAGAGGUCGUGACCCUGCCAAAGUUUUUCUUCCAAAUAAUUGAACGCCUCGUUCAAAUAGAAGCAACAAAAUAAAAAUGUAAAAAAAAGUCCUGCGUUGCGAGAGACAACUCCAGCUGAUCAAUGGAUUUCUCUGAAUCAUGUUUUGCAGUGCGAAAUGUAUCUGCCCAUUGGCUUGUCUCCCCCUUCAAGAAGUCAGACCUUCUCUUCUAAGGCUACAUCGUCCAGCUCGCCCUGUCUGCUGGUGGUCGGCCCUUGGGGGCGGGUUGUCGUCCCUGUCCGGUCCGAUGACGUGACGCGUGGCCAGCCAGCGGGAGGAGCGGCGUCGUCGUCUUCAAGUACGACAAACGCGACCGGUCGGCGGACCAGACAGACGGAAAGGGGGUGGGAACGAAGAAAGAGCGCGCGACACGAACGUUGGUUGCACGGUUGUCCGCACGUGCAGGGGGCGCUGCUUUAAAAAAAAAAAGUAAAAAAAGAAAAAGAAAAGUAACUGUUCGCCCAGUUUUUCUGGACUUCCUCUGUCUUUACGUGCUGAUGGGUUAAAAAGAGGGAGGCACCUCUUCUGAGCGGUCAUCGCAAGGUGUGACUUUUGAUGUCACUUUUCUCAGUUUCUCCUGACGCCAGCGCCAACAAAGCUCAGAUGCGACUCCCACCUAGCGCCCAGCCCGUCUGAGCAGCCACACGACGUCGUCGACAUCGUUUUACACCAGCUUCCGCCUCAACGGACACCUAUUCGAGUCAGGCUGCGGUCGAGUGCUGUUGCCAGCAUGCCGCUGGUGCACGCAGGUGGCCGUUGUCGCGUCUCGAACCCUCAUCGCCACUUUGAUAUCAUCAUCAUCACAACAAGCGCCGCCACCACCAUCACCAUCACCACCACCACCACUACCAGCAGCAAAGUCAAAUCGAACCUGACAAAAGCGAAGACGCCAACGGCGACAAAGACCACACACGCAUUUGCGGAAAACGCCGGCGAUGUGGCAUCGAACACAAGGACUUUGUAGCUAAACGACGGAGUGUCGGCGGUUCGGCAGGUAAGUGCGGAAGCGGCGCGGCAGCGGGAAGGCGGCAGGGCGGCAGCGGUGCGGGAGUUGGCAAGUGGUUGCACUGUUCCGGUCACGGUUCCCAGAGCCGCAAUGGUGGAUGAUACCGCCCGUGGCACAAAAUGCGGCCCCUGUCUCGUGCAGCAGUCCAGUCCCUCCAACCGCUGGCGGCGGUUCUCUGCUUCUAUCUGCUGCUGUCGGUUCGAUGUUCGAGUCCUGCCGCUAGGACCCAGGCGGUUCCCCCUCGACCGCAAAGACAGAGCACUCAGUCUCCGCUAGCGGUGGCGCGGGAGAGCAGCCGAUCGCGACAACAACAGCAACAUCAACAUCAGCAUCAGCAGCAGGUUCCGUUAUUCAACGUUUCUCGAAACUUCCGUUGGUCGCUUGUCAGGGCCAAGCGCCAAGAGUGGACGCAAAGUCGAGUGAGGUCAUUCCAAAGUGAGCUGUCACACAGACCUUCGUCAACACUGGCAACUUUCAGUGGUGGUGUAGGUGAGGAUGGUGUAUGUGGUGGUGGUGGUUGUAAACUUGCACCCAUUUUGAGUAAAGGCCAGCAGCAGCAGCAGCAGCAGCAGCGGCGGCGGCGAGAAGACGUGGAGGUAGAGGGUGUCCGUGUCUUCGAGGUGAGACUGGGGGACCAGACUCGUCAGCACCCGGCCACAGAGCGAGAGUCCAUGGUUAAGUGGCAGCAACUGGAGGCGGCCAAGCACCAGGCCGCCCAGCGGGAGGCGGCUGCCCACAAGCUAAGCACGUGCACCCGCACGGUCUUCCCUCGUCGGGGAACUGUUCACCCCGAGAGCGUCGGCAACGUCCGACAUGCCAUGACCUUUGACACCGACGGCGGAGGAUAUUCCGCUGAGUCUGUAGACGAUGACGAAGUUGUUGAUGAUGGAGCGGAUGUCGGGCUAGGGAAAGGAGGUCAGAAAAAUGACAAGAAGAGUCUGGAACCUGCAGAGAAGCUGGCGCAAAGAUGGCGGGCCGUUCUCGCGUCAGCAGGCGUCAACCGUCACGACCUCGGAGACGGUCAUCCUGACCCGCGCGUCACCGCCUCGUUGCAUGAUCGUGUGCGUCACCUACGUCACGCCAGCAGCAGGAAGUCAGCAAGGGAUGCACGAAGAAAUCGUAUCGGGAACCCCGUCGAGCAGCUGGCCCCACGGACGCGUCGCUGGACGAAGCCCGGAGAUGACGGGUCGCCGCAGCCCGUCGAGAUGGCGUCAUCGGUGACUCGCUUAUCAAACUCUACAACUGUCAUCAAAGCUCCUUCCACAUACCGUCCUCGUCCUCGGAAAAGGAGUGCGAAUGAUCUCGAGGUCAAAUCCUUUAGACCCUCCCGCGCUACCUCAGGGGUAAUGACCUCUUACGCUCGUGGUGGGGACAGCCCCAAGUCACGUGGUCCGUCGACUUCGGAGGCGGGAGAAAUCACGUCCUUGAAUCCCUCAGGUUUCGGGAAUGCCGUGUACUUCAGCGGACUUGAGGUCCUGGUGCUGAAGAGCUCGCCUCACGUAGCCCCUUGGAGAGAACUCCCAAGAGCUAGCUUCUCCGUGGAGUUGUGGGUUCAGCCGGAAGGAGGACAAAAUACCCCGGCUGUUAUCGUCGGCCUGUCAGACACCUGUAACAAAUUGUCGGCCGUGAGCCACUGGUCAGUGGGAAUUCAGACCGUUGGCCCCGUUGGCAACCGUAGCAGCAAAGGCGGACAGACAGACGCGCGCUUCUACUUCUCGCUGAAGACUGCACGUGCGGCGGAGGCGAGUCGACUGUACGCUCACAAGCGUUACACUCCGGGGGAGUGGGUGCACUUGGCUGCCACCUACGACGGCCAGAAAAUGGCGCUCUUCCUCAACGGUGCCCUGGUGACCGUGGGUCGCAAGCAGUCCAAGGAAGUGUUCCCUGCGCCUGCCGCCCCUUGCAAGGUGCUGACCCUCGGAGGGAGGGUCGUAGGCGGUGGAGAGGGAAGUGGUAGUGGUGGUGGCGGAGGUAGUCGUGUUGAUAGCAGUGAAAAAGAAGACAGCGCUAAAGGAAGUGACAUAACGCCGCGCGCCUUCUCCUCUUCUUCCUCGUCUUCGUCAAUGUCGUCGUCGCCGUCGUCAUCCCCCACAUCCUCUUCCUCGCCGUUAAUAUCGAACAUGUUUAGGGGGUCUGUCGACCAGCUGCGUGUGUGGAGUCGGGCUCUGAACCAUUCUGAAGUCUGGGGCAUGGUGCAGCAAGUCGCAACCUACAGCGCGGAACAUUCCAGAACUGAUACCGGCUUUCCCACAGCUUCCACCUCUCAGGCUCCUGACCUCAAAGAUGACCGUUCUCCUCACAAGGGUCACCAAUCUCCCCGUCGUCCUCCGCUGCAGCCACCGCGAGGUUCCACGGUCGAAUCUAUAGCUAACGACCACCUCGCGGAUCCCACUGACUUGUACAUCGCCGACACCUUCGACGACCUGAGCAAGUGGUCGCUGGAUGAGGGCGGCCGCACGGCCAGGUUGUCGCCGUCCACCCUGAAAUACCCGGCACGCUACCUGUCGGCACCAAUCCCACUGUGCGGACACACGACAUGCGACAGCCCGCCCCUGGCGCUCUCCUACUCGCGCUCCUGGCAGUUGCGGCCGGCCAAGCAAGUCCGUUAUCGCGUCGUCAACCUCAUGAACGACGACGGCAGCGACCCGACUGUCAACGACCUACAGAUCCUCAAGCAGGACGACGCCCUCAACCGCGCCUUCCGGCCCUACAACAUCAGCUUCCGGCUGGACGUCACCAACGUCAACAGCACUGCGCUCAGGCGAAGAUUCAUCAUGUUUGGAUGUGACCCGGAGAACAUUGGCGACGAAGUCUGCAACCCAGAGUGCCAGCACACGAGAACAGGCUUUGAUGGCGGCGACUGCGAUCCCAUCCGCACGGAAUGCGAACCUCGCAUCAAGGGCAACGGACGCUGCGACUUCGCCUGUAACAAGCGGUAUCACGACUGGGACGGGGGUGACUGUUGCCUACCCGGCCCCGACACCCACUACACCUGCUACGACCCCAGGUCCCCUUACAGAGGUUACGUGUCGGUGGACCAGUUCCGGGAGAUAGUUAACCUGCGCAGCGAUACUCAGCUUAACGUGUUUUUUGCCGACUGGACGACCAACCAUCUGAUUGGCCUCGCCACCUUUCCAUGGGAGAAGAACAUCUACUCCGUACAAGGAGGGACUGUUGUCCAGCCGCAGACGUUUGGCGUGGAUGGCCAGAUGGACAGCCUGGUUCACGAGAUCGGCCACAACCUGGGGCUGUGGCACGUGCACCACGGCGUGUCGGAGGUUGAGUGCGGCGACCCGUGCACAGAGACAACGGCCUCCAUGGAGCUGGGGGACCUGUGCGCGGACACGAACCCCACGCCCCAGAACGUGCAGUGCGAGGAGCCCGGAGUCGGGGCGGACAGCUGCGGCCUCAUGUCCGCCUACCGAGGCACGCCCUUCCGCAACUACAUGAGCUACGCAGACGACAACUGCACGGAUCACUUCACACCUCAGCAGGUGGGACGAAUGCACUGCUACCUAGACCUUGCUUACCAACCUUGGCAGGUGUCGCCAAAACCAUCGGCUGUACCUCUUCCUCCCAAGAUAAUAUCUGCUGGUCAAGGGGCGGUAACAUUCGCUUGGUUACCUCCUCUUGGAGGCGGCACGGAUGCUCGGCGGCCAGUGUGUGCGCUGUGUGAUUCCCAAGGUGUGCUCGUUCAAUUCGCAUCAUCAGCGUUUUCUCACGCGCCAAGUUCAGGUGCGAUACGCUGGUCACCUGACCAAGCUACAGGUCCGCCGGAUGCUGAGAGCUGUGUCCCCAGCACCAGGGCCUGGCUGCCAGACGUGCAGAUGUGUACCAAGCGCACGUGCAUGCUGGAGCUGUCCCUCAAGAUGCCGGUCAUCGCAGACACCAUAAUGUUAUGGGUGACAUGGAACGCAGAUGGAGUUCGUAAGAUACGACUGAUUUAUGAAGGAGGAAAGUCAACUGUCCUGAAGUCCACGCCAGCGUUUUGUGACAUUCCAUUCACUGCAAAGCUGUCCACUAAGCGGCGCUUACAGAAGGUUCGCGUGUACACCCGUACCCCGUACACAGCUAUCGAUGCCUUGCAAGUGAUGUCGAGGCCACAGGAAAGCGAGUGCCGCGGGUGUCGACCAAUCAGAUACCACGUUUUCCGACACCCUGGGUUCGCCACGGGUAGAUUCCAACUCACCACUGACACGCAUUUCACCGACACAGAAGUGAAGAGGGACGAGCAGUAUCAGUACUGGAUAGAGGCAGUGCAAGGCAGCAAUACCAGUCAGCCUUCACCAGUGCUAACCUACACGGAAGGCGACCAUUUCUGUGGCGACGGCAACGUCGAUAGAGAGCUAGAGGAGGAGUGCGACGAUGGCAACGCACACUCUGGCGAUGGCUGUGAUGCGACCUGUCACAUGGAAAGCACCUUUCACUGCAAAGGCAACCCCAGCCUGUGCUACCGCCAUGAGGGAGAUGGCGUGUGCGAGGACUUCGAGCAGGAGACCAGCGCCCUCGACUGUGGUUUCUACACACCGGAAGGGUUUUUUGACCAAUGGGCGCACGACGCCGUCGCAAAUCCGGAGCACCAGCUUCCCUCUUGUCCCGCGCGCAUUGCUACAGGGGCGCCGGAAGUGACUCUGGAAUGUGGAAUGGAGGUUGACCCCAAGCAGGCCUGGUUCCCGUGUGGGACUCUUACUGAAACAGGGAACUUCUGGAUAGAGCUGUACGUGCCCCGCCCCGUAGUGGUGACGGAGGUGAUCGUGCACGUGGCGGCCGACGGCCGGACGGAAGUGGAUCCCGUGCCCAAGACCAUCAGCCUCGAGCUCAUCAGGGACGAUAACUCCUCCACUGUCCUCACACCAAGGCCCGUAACUUUAGACUGCGCCCGACACGAGCUACACGUGCCGGUCAAGCACGACCUGAGCACGCCCUUCUAUAAAUCUCGAGGUGUCAGACUGACCUUCCAGUCCUACAACGUCAGCAUUGCUGCAGUGCGCGUGCGCGCAUCCCAUUACCUUGACCCCGUGACACUCGCAUCCUGUCGCUCCGACGAAGUGUUCAACCCUCACUCGGGUCUCUGCCUCACCCGCAACUGCACGCGCAGCCCGUGUCGCCCAUACGUCAUCGAUCACGGUCACGCCCACUGCACAGGUUAUGCCGACGGUGACGUUUGCAGCGUCACCUGCGACGAAGGCUACACACCUGAGAGCCACAGCAUGCAGGUGACGUGUCGGGGUGGCCAAUGGUUCUCCGCCAUGCCGGUCACGUGUCGACCAAUAGACUGCGGGCCGCCGUUGGUUCCCAGGGCUGUGGCGGACUGCCCUCGAGGUAGCACGUACGGCAAGAACUGCACCUUCAGGUGCCUGCCCCCUGCAAACCUGCAUGGCCUGGACAAUUGGCUGUUGUGCGAGAAAGAUGGACUGUGGUCCUCGCCGCUGGCCCAUUGUCUGGUCACGUGCCCACCGCCCCUGCACGUGCGGAAUGUCAGGCCGCCCGUUCAGCGCUGUCGCAGCGGCGUGCAGCCUGUGGGAUCUCUCUGUAAGUUCCGGUGUAACCAAGACUACCACGUCGCAGGAGCCCGCACUAACAGGCAAGUAUUCCACAUCAGCUGUGAAAGUGAUGGUAGCUGGAGCAGUGGCCACUGCGAGAAAAUUACCUGCCCCAAGCUUGACCCUAUCUUCAGCGGUCUGGUGACUUGCACUGAGGGUGUUACUGUUGGCAGUCGCUGCACCCUACGAUGCCCGAAGAGUCAGGAAACGCAGGUUGCCGUGUGUACGUCCAGCGGCAAGUGGAACACUAGUUUCCAGCGAUGUGCCGCCUUUGAUGAAGUGACGUGUCCACUUCCGGUUGAAGACACAAGCGUUGUUUUGCGCUGCGUUCGGUUGACAGCUGGCGCUAAAUGCUCCAUUACGUGCAAGACCCCGGAUGAUGAGCCUGUCUACGUCACUAAAGAGAAAACCAAUAACGCAAAUGCCAAAGACGCCGAUGGAGGGGAGCCCAUCAAUCUGCUUACAUGCACUGGAGUUGGACAGUGGUUCCCUCCCUUGGCUCAAGUGAACUGUGUCGAGCGCUGCAGCCAGAAAUUCAAGGGAGACCAGUGGUGCGACGCACGCAACAACCGGAAGCACUGCGACUGGGACGGCGGGGACUGUUGUGAGUCGACGGUAGGGGGCAAGGUCCGACCCUUUCCAGAGACCUGCACCAAGGCGUGCACGUGCAAAGACCCGGAUGCUGCGGAAAACAGGAACCGGAAGAAAAAGAAACGGAAAAAUAGUUGAAAGAAACUCGAAAAAAAUAUAGAGUGAUUUUUGCACAAAAAUACGAGCUUUAAAAACUUGCUGCAAUUUUAUUUUAUAAACUAUAGAUCAGAGUAUUUUACAGACCUUUUUCCAGUAUAUUGUAAACCUAUUUUUGAGUGUUACUGCUUCGAAAAUGGAAAUACCAAAAAGUGGGAGUAUGAUGACAUUGAUGUGUUGAAGGAGUUGUGAGCAUCUUAACAGAGGUGAUGUAUACAUAUGCAAGCGCUGUACACAGUUCCAUAAUUUUGUUUUUUCACUCGAAAAUCCUACAGACAAACAUGGAAGUCAUCGAGAGCAUGCAUUCGCUCAGUCAUUAGUUUAUUCAAUCACUAACACUAGUGUAUUCGCACAAUAUACUUACAGCCAGAACAUGUCCAUACAUAUACCUACAGAGGUAUGCACAAUCUCUCGCUCUGAGCACUCCAUCCAUACACACAUAAACACAAUGCUAUCAUACCUACAAAAUGGUUCUGCCUAAAAUGGUGACCUGCAAUACGUGCUAUGCAUUUUUACAUAUUUAACCUGCUGCAUUAUAUCUUUUCUACAGAAAUAAUUUUCUGUAGAAACAGUUGCCAAGAUUCCUGUUGACUUUUGAUAUACCUCCAAGUUUGUAGGCAAUAGCUGAAUUUCUGAAGGAAUAUUUAGAGUAGAUGAUUCUAUGGGAUUUGUUUGAGGUUUGACUCUACCUCCUCUUCCUCCUCCUCAUUUUAUUCCCCCUAUUCCUUCUCAUCUUCUGGAUUUUACCUCUUUUCUUUCUUUUUCUUCUAUCGUCGAUCCUUUUACACUCUAUCAGCAUCUGCGACCUCUUCUUCGCCUUUUAACUUGAUUUUGUUUUUUAACUUACACGCUAAGCAUUAGUGAACCAAAUCUUUCAUAUUUUAGUAGGCCUGGACAUUUUCUGGAGAACUUCCAGAGUGAUGAGAAGAUACUGGUAACCAAGUUCUUUCGACUGUUGUUGGUUGAAAAGUUUUUUCUAUUUAUUCCUGUUUGAGAAAGACAAAAGAACGAGAGAAGGGACAAAACCAAAGUCAUUUUGUUGUAAAUUCACCAAAUAUUUAUGAUGCUUUUGUCACCAGUCCUUGUCCCGUUAACAUGCCACUGAGUAUUAAGUGUGUUGGGUGUUGGGGCAUGCACACAUGCACCCUGACCUCUCUGAGUGCAUGUUACGGUACAGUAUUCUCGUAAACCGAUUUUUAAAUAUUUAUAUAUAUAAAGAACGAUAUUGUUCACACAACCGUGAAGCUUGUUCGCACUGUCAUUUAACAUGUUAAUGAAAGAUCUACGUUUAAGCAGUUAAUGCGACAGAUGAAAAAGAAACAAAAGAAAUUAUGAAAUCUUCUUCGACAAAAUUUUAUCUCCGUUGAAUGCCAUCGUCCAAAUCGACAAAAAGAACUUUCAAGAAUAUUUUGUAGAAAACUAUAUAAUUAAUACCAAAAUGUUAUAUUGGCUGGAGUGUUUGGGAUAUGUUUACCAAGUUAAAUCUGUGUGCGCAUGUCUGCAGUUUUGGAAAUUUGAAUUUUUUACUGGAGCAAAUGUUUUUCUUAAUUUUUUAUCUUCGCCUGCUGUCCAUCAACCCUUCUACCCAGGGUAACUGAAAGGAAAAGCCGCAAGUAUUUCAUCUGAUCAACAAUGGGAAAACGUUUUAAUAAAUAAAUGUUAAUCCUUUCCUUUUAAUCUGCUGGCGAUACUGUUUACAGGUCGGUGUUCUCGUAAAAGUGUUUCAUAAUAUUGUUGUUGUACAUCCAGUGUGUGUUGUAAGAAGUAUAUCUGUGGCUGUUGACGAAGUAUUCUGAUAAAUAUUGGGGGUUUCCCCCUUUUUUUUUUUUUUUUUUUUGUUGUUUAAAGUGUCCGGCUCAACAGUCGUUUUGGACUGUUGGUAUGCUUGAAAUUUCUGUUAUCAUGCUAGUUCCUCAACUGUGUUCUCGGCGCUACACGAUCAGGGAUUUCCCAAUGGAGAGAUACACUGUAGAUGUCUGUGAUCAGACCUUUCCUUGCUUCAGCAUCGCCAUUCAUUUUGCCUUUGUCACAACGAGAAGUGUUGAGGCAUUGUAGCUAUCUGUAAACGGUGUUUCCCUAUUUUUUAUAUUUGGAUUUUCGUAAAGGUUUCUUAGCCAUUGUAGCUAUCUGUAAACAUUUUUUCUUGUUUACUUUUUUUUUACACUUAUGUCUUUAUGUUCGACGAAUUUUGUAAGGAAUUUGCUGAUAGUCUCCCACAAAUAUUAUUCGUUUCUUUCGGAAAUAUUUAUUAUUUUCGACCGCUUGGUAGUUUAUCUAUGUCAAGUUUUGCAUAAUUUCGACACAAAAAGCUUGUUUUGAAGUCAGUUUUCCCUUCUCCAAUCUACGAUGUUCACUGUCUUUUUAUUAUUCAUCUCACUGACCGCUCUGUAAAUUAACUCUUAUAUAUUUGCCAGCACACGCCAAAGCAUUUAUCGAGAUAUACUGAUAUUAAAUGUCAUGUAAAUGUGAACUUUGACAUGCUUUUCGUUGGACUGCAUAGUAGGCCAGGCAGUGACAUCUGCCAAACAUCGUUUUCGAAGCUUUAAACCUGUUCUCUUCAAUGAUUUGAUUGUCUGAUCAUACAGUUUUCGUUUAAAAAGCUGAAUGAAUUACUUCAAACAUGAAACAUAACAUUCAAUUUUUCAUAUUUAUGAGAUCUCUGGGGCAACCUAUGUUACUUCGAUAAGGCUACUGAUGCAGAUUUCAAAGAAGGAUGCUUUCCACGCUGAUUUUUAGCUUAAUUUUGAUAAAAAUUUAUUAAAUAAAAUCCUUGUAAAACAGAAACACACUCCCUUCUCUUUGCUAUAGUUUUAUCUAUCACGCGCCCUCUUAAUUAGACAUUUGUAGUUGAAUAUGUUACUAUACUGAGCAAAGCUACCACAAAAUGUGUGUAGACCCUUUAAGUGUUUUGACAGGGAGAAUAUGCAAAAGCUGUGAGAAACACCUAAACUGUUUUCAUUUCUAUGAAUUUGUUUUGAACUGUUUAAAGAAGCCCUGAAGGGCUGUGUUUAGAGUGUUCACAACACAAGAUACUCAAUUUGUGACUUACAAACGGCUCAAGAUUUCUUUCAUAUGUAUAAAUAUAUAAGACUCAUACCUCGGGCUCUUAAAGAGUGUGACUCCGCCUCAGAAGCCAACAUUUUAGAAAAUGUUUCUAUUUUUAAUGUUGUGUUCAAAGGUUCAACUGUUGUUGCUAGGGAUAAAUACAGUCGACUCGGUGAAAUUUUAGAUUGUGACAAUGUUGUUGUCCAGUUUUAUGGUGUUUGUACACAUAUUUACAUGUUGCUUUACUUCACUGGAACUAGUAAAUUUAUGUCAGUGUUGCUGCCAGCAGUAUUUGUUUAGACAAAGAUCUUUGUUGAUUUUUACCUCAUCCAAACCAUGUCAUAAUAUACCAAUGAAAACUUGCUGUUUAAUCAAAUACCUUGGUUUCGGAAUAUUUUUACUUCUAGAGUAGAGAGGCACGCAAGAGUUUUUUCUGCACACUCGUAUUUCGGCUUUUUUAUAUAAACUGGAAUUUGGCUUUUUUGCAAGGAUGGUUAACGAUGAUUUUUAUACUUUAAUGCUGCUGAUGUAUUGUAUUUUUUAUGUUGCUGCAAGUGAACAUUUCAAAAUGAAUGAUAAAAUCUAUCCACACAACCAGUGAAAACAAGACCCUGAAAAAAAAGAAAGUUAUCAUCUAUUCAAAUUUCCCAAAGGCACUGUGGUUUUGUGGUUUUACUUAUUUUUUUUAUUAUUUAUUCCUGACGCAAAAGAUCGUAUAUUUUCAAACAUUUAUGCUCUCUCUGAGAGGAUGUGGACAGUGAAAACAGAUUUUAUCUGAACUACCCAUUGGUGGGAAGAAAAUGACAUUUUGGGGGAAAACAUCGAGAUCACGAUUUUGAAUUUUUUUUUUAUUUUUUUUUUUUUUUUUUGGUGUUGUGAAACAUGAUUGUAUUUCUCAUAACAGGAUGUAAUUGCUUCCUUUUAGUGCCGCACUGGUGUUAUUGUUUCUGAUGAUGCACUUUGAUUUAAUAUUUAUACCAACAACAUAAAUAAAACCAUCGUAUUCAUCUUCAUCAUCAUCACCACCACCACCCACCGACAGGUGAAAAUCAAAUCGCCUCGUACUUCUCUAUGGUAAUUUCAUAUGGUAAUUUUAUACAGAAUGAUGGCUAUACUUGAUCCCAGAAACAGAAUAUACUUUAGUGUUGACAUACAUUCUAAACCAUUGAUAUCAUAGUUCUGAAAUGAUGAUUUGAUGAUUAGUAAGCUUCUUUGUCACCACCCCACCUCUCUCUCUCACACACAGAAAAUUGAUUUUGGAUUUUGAAGUGAAUCGAGACUUAAACAUGAUUUUUGUAGCUUUCUUUUGUUCAUAGAUAGUAGUUUGCCAAAAAUACUGUUCCGUUCAGUAUAUAUAACUUGAACAAUGGAGCUCUCUAAAGGUCAAACCUCACUUAUCAUAUGAUAACCGUCGACUCGCUGACUGGACAAUGCCUCUUAUCUUCAAAGCUUUCAUCUUAGCUGCAUCCUUCUGUGACACAAAAAUUAAACGUUUAGGUCGAUCUAGGUGUACUUUCUGGGCGAAAAGUUAUAUAUUCCCAAUGCAUGGUUGUAACAAGCUACUAACAGGUGUAUGUUUUCUUAACUCGCCAGCAACUUUGAGAGUCAGUUCAUGAAUGGCUGAGGUUGGCCUUUAAGCCCCCUUUUAUGCGCAAAUUUAAAGGGUAUGACAAUACUAAGCUGCUCAGUAGGUUUCCUUUUCCUUUCCAAAAGUGAAUAACACGAAGAAGUUAUGUUCACUAUAUCCAAAGACAGCUUAGUCCCUAGGCAAGUUACCUCAGUACAUUGUUUGGGACCAGUCGAAUGCCUUUGUGACUAAACUGUUUUGAUUGUUUUAGUGAACUAAAACUUUCGCACUAUGGUGGGGACUGUUCCCACUGUUGUGAUGACCUCCUCGACCUGUUCAAAUUAAGAGGGUUAAUUGUAAUGACAAAGCGUCAAAAGUGUUGUUUUAACUUCUCCAGAUAUCACUAAGUAAUUAGUAAUGAUUGUAAACAUUGCCUUUUUGGUAAUGCGCAGGAUUGUUUUGUUACAGGGAGAAAAUAACUAAUUAAAAGCAACUGAUACGAACAAUAUUUUUUCAUCUUAAGAAUAAAAGCCACUUCGACGAUUUAACCCUAGUUUAAAAGCUUAACGACAAUGGACCUAGUGGACUGGUGGCCGUGGAAAUAGUGAAUUGUGAGUGGUUCACCAUAUCUAAGCAUGACUAUUCGAAGGCGGGAAAGAACCAUCUCUAAACCAUGUCAGUCACAGACAAAGAGGGGCGUCGAACAGGGGACCUUCUCAGAAGUCGAGCGCGCUAAUCAGAAGCCUACUGAGGUCGAAUAUGUUUGCCUAAUUAAUAAAUAAAUAAAUAUGUUGUCAGUCGUCGUAUCAAGUGGAAAGAUUUGAGGAUUAACUGCUAUGCCGCGUAGCCUCUCUUCAAACUGAACGAGAACAUUCCAGAAGAGCCGUCUGUGAGGUUCCAGGCGAGGUGUUUGUGAUCUCAUCGAUCUCAUUGUUCAUUCACCUGUCACCGCCAUCAUCCUGUGUAUCACGCGCGCCGCAUCCCGCUUGUCGUCCCGCUUGACUAACAACUCGUGGUUGGUGGCGCUCACCCAAGGCCUCGCAGCCUGUCAGCCGUGACCGCCCGUAAACUGUCUUACUUGAUUUGCUCAUUAAAGCCUCCAGACUCGUGCAAUCAUAAAUUAAGACCAAAUUAAUAAAUGAAAAAUUCGCGAAAGCGUGGUGUUGUGUUGUUCUUUUUGCUUUUGGUGCUUGCUUUCUGUUGGUGGAUUAGUUUGUCAGAAACUGUUGGCGAAAUGUUGGGAAAAAAAACUUCAAUGUAAACUGUUUUACUGGCCACUGGGUAAAACUAAGACCAGAAGUCAAUGAAGCGUAUCUGUGUACUUUGACCUCUUUGUGUGCAUGGUGUCGUUUGUAGGCGUCUCACUCAAGAAUAGAAGGGGUGUAUUUACCCAGAUUUGAAGAAACUGUAGCUUGCGAUUAGCUUUACUCAAUCAUUAUAAAACAUUUUGCACCCCACUAGUCCUUAAUGACUAUACUAAACAGUUCUGAUUAUGUCUAUCAAAUUUUUUUAAGACAAUAAACAAUCUUUCUACAGUACAUUAUUGUCUCUCUUUUUUUAAACUCUCAAACUUUUACUUCUUUGAUGUUUGUCGUCUUUUUUGUUCUUCCUGACUAGUUUCCUUCAUUUCUCCUCAUACCCACAUGUCAAGGUCCCUCAUCUCUUGGGAAUAACUCAAAGCAACAAGAGCUGCAACUGGCAUUGCAGGAUCCUCCUUCUGGCCCUAUAGCCCGUCAACAAGGUAUGAAAUUAAAGCGACAUUAAAGGCAAUUGAGUGCGAUAAUCGUCAUCAACCGUCGCUCCGGUCCUCGGUUUGCUCCCCGGGCGCAGAACACCAACGGCCCUGCCAUUUCUUCGUUACUUUUCUCCAACCCAGUGGUUUUCUCUAAGCGGUAAGCUAUUAUCAUUAUCUUUGACUCCUUCGCCCUCCACGUAAUAGCAGAGUAAGCCAGUUCACAACCUGU